UUGCAAACCUGGCAGCCGAGAUGGCGGCGCCGCAACCGUGCGCGGACGGCUCCUGUUGUUCCCACCCCGGUGCGGUGCCCGGGGUACAGCAGACGCUGGAAGAGAUGGACUUUGAGAGGGGUGAGAAGGGAAUUUGGUCGGCAGCCCUGAAUGGAGACCUGGGCCGAGUGAAAUAUUUCAUCCAGAAGGCCACAGACCCCAGCCAGCCUGACUCUGCCGGCUACACCGCGCUGCACUAUGCUAGUCGCAAUGGGCACUAUGCUGUUUGCCAAUUUCUGCUGGAAAGUGGAGCAAAGUGUGACGCCCAGACCCACGGGGGUGCCACAGCCUUGCACCGGGCCAGCUACUGUGGGCACACGGAAAUUGCACGACUGCUGCUUUCCUAUGGGUCCAACCCUCGGCUGGUUGAUGAUGAUGGCAUGACCAGCCUACAUAAGGCCGCAGAGAAGGGUCACGAGGACAUCUGCUCCCUCCUGUUACAACACAGCCCAGCCCUGAAGGCUGUCCGGGAUCGCAAAGCACGCCUAGCAUGUGACCUGCUGCCCUGCAACAGUGGCCUGAGGGACCUGCUGGCCAGCUGAGGCUCCGCCUCCCGUCUCUGGCUGCCCUUGAAGGAUACAAAGACAGCUCUCCACACCCUGCCUUGCUCAGCAUCAUGCUGCCUGAUGGGACCAGGGCCAGACUGCCCGGAAGAGCCCCUGUCUAGCUGGCGUGGGAGCCAGUAGGAAGGCUUGUGAGGGCUGACGGCUGUGAGCCUGGACAGGUGAUCAUAUAAGUUAGUCCUUGUAGAAACAGCUAUCCAUUUGGAUGGAAAUAAAGCUUAUAUCUUGACAUCAUUCCACAGACAAAGAUAAAUUUCCAGAUAGAGUCCUAAAUAUAAAAAUGCAAAACUUUGAAGUAUUAGAAGAAAAUACAGUGUCUAACAGCAACUGCUUUCUAGCCAAAUGGUGCAGUUUUCUCUUUUUACCUGCCUGUUCCUCAGCCUCCCUGUCUGUGAGAUGACAGUGACUAGAAUAGGCCUACCUCAGGGUUCCUGGAGGUCUGAGGAGGUCUGUGCUCUCCAGUGAGUAUGCGGGGCACUACAAGCAGCACGGGGGAGUGCUCGCUGCUGGGCCUGGCCUGGCAGUGUGGGCCAGCCUGGGCAGCAUAGACCCCAUCUCAGAAGAUAAAAAGGGGCUGUCGCUCAGUGGUGGAGCGCUCGCCUGACGUGCAAAAGCCCUACCAUUCAAUCCCUAACACAAUGUGGAGAAACGGUGGCCAGUCCCAAAGUCUGGCUGAUACUGACUUUUAUUCCAGAAUUUCAGUUCUAGAAGUCCGGUUUUACAGAGUGUAGCUGUGUCAGGUGCGGUUGCACACACCUUUAGUCAUGGCACCCAAGGCAGGAAGAUCCCUUGGAGCUCUAGCCAGCCAGAGCUACAGAAACCAUGUCUCAAAAAAAACCCAGGUAAUUAUAAUUGCUUUUUUGUUUGGUCUGCACAGCUUGCUAGUGAGACUGCACACCUGCCCCUGACCUUCCUCCUUGACAUGGUUUUGUUCUUGCUGUGUAGUCUGGGCUAGCCUUCCUUCAACCUGGAGCCAUUCUCUGGCCCCAACAUCUUGAGUGUUGGGAUUAUAGUUAUGUGUAUACCACAUAUAUUGUCAUGCUUCUAUUCAUUCCCAGGAACUUUGCGUAUCGAGCCUUUGCUUUGGUUAUAUGCAUAUAAAGAGAGAAACGUGUAUGAAAUAGGCUUCAUAUAUGGAUAUUAAAAUUGUCUUUUGCACUGUCA